ACUGUCAUCGCGACAACCGCAAAAACAACAAACCAAAACACAUUGCGAUUCAGGGGCGAUAGCGGUCGUGAAAGCAGGGAAUAAAACCGCUCAAAUUGUGCUGUUUAGGAAAUAUUGUUACCACACAAUGAUGUUAUUCAGUGUUAGCCGUGCGUUCCUACGUGGAGCCCAACGAGCAGACGUUCACCGGUGCCGAGAUGUGCACCGCUGGGUAGCACCAACGUUGCGCGAGUUUCGCCGGCGCCGCGAGAAAAUGGGCCCGGAAGCAGUGAUGCCCCGAUCAUCCCACUCGGACUGGAACUACAGUGCCGAAAUCUUUGCAUUCGGCCGACGGCUACAGGAAUCGUUCGAUCCGAACGUGCUACAGCAAGCCUUCACACACCAGUCGUUCAUCGAGCAGGAAACGCGCAAGCAGGCAGCGGUCGGUAUCGAGCAGCCGGUGCUCGGUGUCAACGACAACCGGGAGCUGAUUGCGCAAGGCGAACGGUUGAUUGUGGAUUACGUAGAAGCCUUCCUGCUAACAGCGCUGCCACGCUUGCCGCGGCAGUUUGUCUCUUCCGUGCGGGAAGCGCUCACCAGCGAACCACAGCUCGCACACGUAUCCUCCCAUCUGGGCACGAAAGACAUCAUUAUGGCGGCCGAAUUCCCUAUCGGUGAAGCUUUGCUAGCAUCGACACUGAAAGCCAUUGUGGCCGCACUGCACCGUUCGUCGGGCGAUGAACGGUGUUUCCUGUUCGUGCGUGACUUUAUCUGCGGUCAGCUGAACCAGCGCGACUUGUACGAGUAUCUGAACAUUGCGGAUCCGCUUCGCACGCUGCAGGAGUACUGCAAAGAGCGAGGAAUGGCCGAACCUGAACCACGCCUCAUCGGCAACGUAGGAAGAAACACACUGCUGGCGGCGUACAAUGUUGGCAUUUACAGCGACCGGAAGCUGCUGGGAACGGGGUACGGCGAGGAUCAACUGAUCGCCAUCCAGGAAGCGGCCAGCGAUUGUCUACGCCAGCUGUUCGGUACCGAGAUUCACAUGAAACCGGUGGAUUUCAGACUAACGUUGAAGGAUUGUGCUCUUAAUGCUUCGCAACAGCGAACCAGCGGUAAGGUUAGCUCCAGGCAGUAACGCCGUUACAUCCAUUUUCAGCUUGCGUUCGGGUGUUUUUACGGAUAAGUUUUAUUGUAUUAAAAAAAAAACAAAUAGACAAAACACCGAAAACAAAGCAAAUAAAUUAGUUGUAGCCAGUCCGAUACCAUACCAUCCAGCGGAA